AUGGACGACUCCAUCAGACAAGCCGAAAAGGGCAAACUUGAUGAGGUGGAAAGGGUGGAUGAGAUGGAAAAGAAAGGCGAUGUCUUCUCCGCAGAAGACGAGAGACGACUUGUUCGCAAGCUUGAUCUUUGGUAUUUCCUCACAUUGGACUCCUUGUGGCUAUUACACAUGAUCGUCCCCCUCAUGAUGUUCACCUACAUGCUGCAAAGCUACGACAAAGGUAUUAUGAGCGCCGCCACACAGUUUAAUUUCAACGACGAUCUAGGCUUGACAAAGAUCGUUGGAUACGAAGCGGAUGGCACCGCUAUAACAAAUAACCGAAAAUACUCCAACGCGUCAAUGAUAUUCUAUAUUGGCUACUUGGUGGGCACAUAUCCCAUGAUGUAUUUGGCGCAACAUUACCCGCUGUCACGCGUUAUCUCGGGAGCAACAUUUCUCUGGGGUAUAGUAGUCAUGUCAACUGCUGGUUGCUCCAACUAUGCUGGUAUCAUGGUCAACCGUUUGGUGCUUGGCCUCCUUGAAUCCGCCGUCGCACCAACAUUCACAGUUCUAGUCACAUUCUGGUGGACUCGGGAUGAACAGGCCUUGCGUACUGGACUGUGGUACUGCUGUGUUGGAGUAGCAACUACCAUAUCCCCUCUCAUCAACUAUGGACUUGGUCAGAUUCAUGGAUCCCUUCUCCCCUGGAAACCCAUGUUUCUAGUCCUUGGAGCUAUCACCACGCUGUGGGCAGUUGUGUUAUUUUUCACCUUGCCUGAUAGUCCCCUCACUACAAAGGGACUGAAUGAGAAUGAACGCCAAAUUGCUCUUAGCCGACUUGAACGAAACCAAGCCGGCACAAUCAGUCGUCAAUUUGACAAGGCCCAAUUUCUUGAGACAUUCCGAGACUUCAAGACAUACAGCUGCACGCUAAUUAUCCUUUUGACGGGAGUGCCUUCUGGUGCAAUUGGCACUUUUGGAACGAUUGUUAUCAAUGGGUUUGGAUUCAGUCACUUUGACUCAUUGGCAUUAACAUGUCCGAUCGGAGCGAUCACCGCGCUAUCAAUUCUGCUUGUCGGCUAUGUGACUCGAAAGUGCAACGGUACCCGCUAUCUUUGUAUUAUAAUAUGCGCUCUCAUCUCUAUCGCUGGCACUUUGAUUUGCUGGUUGGGACCACGCACCAACAAGGGUCUGUUGUUUGCAGGAAUCUUUUUGAUUGCUGUUCAGGUUGCCUCCGGUGGCUUGGCUGUCUCGCUCGUCGCGUCCAACAUUGCCGGCCAUACUAAAAAAGCAACAACCAGUGCAUCUACAUUUGUUGGUUAUUGUAUCGGCAAUAUCAUCGGACCACUGAUCUUCGGUGCGUCUCCAGGGCCCUUGUAUCGCGCUGGAUUCAUAGGAAGUUUUGUCUGUCUAUGUGGUGUCGUGGUAACAGCUGCUAUCAGUUGGGUUUACUUGCGAAGGGAAAACUUGCAGAGGGAUAAGCGAUUCGGAUCGGGCCCUAGUCGACAGCAUGUGCAUUCCAUUGAGGAGAACUUGACGGAUAUGCAGAAUGAAGAGUUCCGAUAUGUGCUUUAA